AUGACUCCGGCACUUAAAUUGAGUUUAAAAGAGCUUCACCAGUUCUUAUCCGACAUAGAGACAAAUAUAAAUGACCAAGAGACAGAUUUCAGAAAAUUGAUUCUUUAUUUACUACAGUUUUUGAAUGCAAAAUUGAUUGAGAUUUCCAUCCUGGAUAGAAAGGAUGUAGAGGAUACCAUUUUAAAGAUUAUUGAUACCACUGAGCUAGUUUUGAGUAAGAAACUUUACUUGUUGAACGUGUCAUUGAAGUAUCAAGAAAUCAGCUUGAUCCAUGUUCCAAAUCCGGGCUCAGGGUUGAUUGCAAUACAGGAGGUGCUACUUUACGAAUGGAUGAUAUCGUUUCUUCUAUUCCAUAUUGCAAAUAUUUGGCGCAAGCCAAAGAUACUCAAUCACUUAAAGAGCCUCUUGAUACUGGUGAUCAACUUGGUUUCGACAAAAUUGCAUAGUUUUAAAUUCAUAAAGUUGUUACAGGAAAAUGCUACUCGCAUGUUGGAAGAUGGCAUUACGCUUUGCUUGAAUGAUAUUGCAUUAAGUACCAACCCGACAUAUAUCAAGAGAUUGAUAUCUUCUUGUCACUUAUAUUCCGUUUUGAAUGAUUACGACAUAUCCAAAAAACUUUCAUUGAAUCUAAGUAACAAUCAACUAAAGUAUGAGAGCUUUGGAAGGAAGCUAUGGUUUGUUCUUCAAGAAAUGAGUGUUUUGAGUUCGGAUGAUUCCUUUUAUAUGAUGGACAGUUUAAAAUCGUUGAUAAUUCUUACCCAUUUGGACAAUGCACUUCUUGAUGAGCAACAAAACUGGGGUAAAGUUUCUCAGCUAUUGACAUGGGUGGCGGAAGUGCUCGAGGGGGACUUUGAACAAUUAUAUAAUACAUCCAAUGGGUUUAAGUAUCCUAACUUGGUUCAAUCAAUCUCGCUAACUUUGUUCAAGAUCUACAUUUUUUGCACUGAAAGAGGAAUCGUGUCCAACUUUAACUCUGUUUUAGGAUUGGAGCGUCUAAUUGAAAAGGUAAAGAAACUGCCAAUGUUUCCAAGGUCAGUUAAGUGUACUUUAGUCGUCAUAUUGAAGCACCAUGAAUUUCACAAGUUGAACUUGAGAAUAACUCAUCAAAUUCCUAUCGACUUCGUCAAUUAUCAGUAUAAUAAUCCCGAGUUGAAUGACCUAAAGUCAGCAUUGACCAAUCCACGUUGCAUUGAUGACGCAAGUUUAGACUUCGUAACAAGAGCCGAUCUUGAGUAUCAAGAGGUUGGUGAUCCUGACAAUGGCAUUAAUGAUAUCAACUGGAUUCGUUACAUCAGAGCAUUAGUUAAAAAAGUCCCUCAUGAAUUGGAACGUGAUGACACAAUGUACACACUCAUUACCGCAUUAAGCAACUUCCCUGGUAGAACCUUUGCGAACAAAAGCACGUCAGAUGGAGUCCAUGUCAAAGAUCUGUAUUCGGCAGUUAAAAAAAGCAGACCGACAGUUAAAAGUACUACCGAGUCAUUAAUAUUGGAUGAAAUUAUUCAAGACUUUUUUCUUCCACGGUUGCACCUCUUACAGUCAAAGCCACUAAUAGGCUGCAACUUCUUCCUCAUGAUGUUCAACUAUUAUGCCAAUUACUUGCCUGCAUUUGAUGACAACCAAGAGGGAUUAUUAAGCAAAAUGCUUACGCUUCUAUCAACUCAUCUGAAUAGAAAUCUCCGCAUGUUAAUCAUUCGCGUGCUCCCGUUAUAUCUUAUCCAAGAAGGCGAUGACAUGGCACUCGAUCGAAUAUUCAAAUUUAUAUUUCAACGUAUCACUGCAAUUGAUUUCAAGUCGCCCAACAGACGUCAUUUUGGAGAGUCUACAAUUUAUGCAUUGGUGGAGCUAGCUCGUGUUUGUAAUGGUGAGAGGUUAUGCGCCUUGUACUUUAAGCUUGUGGAUUGGCUAGGCGAGCCCAACGACCAACAUCUGAAUUAUGUGUACUGUGGGUUUUUGGAUAUUGCCAAUAGCAAAAAUUUAUCCACCUACAAAUUACUAUCCCCUUAUUUGCCUAGCAUUGCUGAUAUGAUUAUCAAAAAGGAAAGCUUGUUUGAGAAGUUUCUUCUGGUAUUGGGCAUGAGCCGGAAAUAUUUUCUAAACAGGACCAAGGAAUACACUGUACCGCGCUUGUUGGAAUAUCAUAAGGACCCAACGUUGUUGGUUCAAAUCGCUGAUGCGUCAAACAUGUCAAUAAAGAAGCUACUUGCUCAAAAUCUACCUCGAAUACUUGCUUCAUAUUUAGUCAAAGAUGCAAAGAAUGAACGUUACGUUGUUAAGGUAUUGAGCAGUGUUUGUCCUCAUUAUAGGCUGGUUUCAACUGAUGAAAUUUUCACUCAUAUCGGUGACAUCACAUGGCACAUUUUGAUGGAAAUUCAAAUGGAUGAGCGGGACAAUGUGCGAAACUUGCCCAAUAUUAUAUCGGCUUUGGAAAUUGUCGCAAAGAAUUUGGCUGCACAAAAGAAUCAACGGGUUCAAAAGGGUAAGAUGGCAAGUAUGCUAAUCGAGGAGCAAGUGUUAUUGUUGGUACAAAAGUUUAGUGAUGUGACUCACCUGUUGAGAGGCGCCAAACCGUAUUUGGAGAGAAGAGCUUCGUUUCGGGCAAUCUUGUACUUGAUCAAGAACCACAGCUUAGCUUUGACUUCAGCGUUGGGACAGUUGUCGACUUGUUUGCAGGCUACUUUAGAGGAACCGGACUUCCAUGUCUUCACUUUGAAAUGUUGGAACGAGUUAGUGCAGAAGCUACCUCCAACUCAUUUGAUAUCUUUGUUUGAUAUCUUAAUUUCGCUCAUUUUCCAAAAAUUCCAAACUUUUGGGCCUGAAGCUCAAGGUAUUGCCAUUGAAAUUUUGAAAAAGAUUUACAAGGAGAUUAAGGACAAGUACAAUCGUUACUCCUUAUACUACUUGUCGAUUCCCUUUUUGGAUUACUUGUCAGACUUUAAUUUCGUGAAGGAGUUUAAGAAUAUGAAGUCGCCAUCGAGAUUGACGAUUUUUCAGGAGUUUAAUCGACGUCUUCGAACGAGUAACCGAUACGUCGUCGAGCAAGGAUUAUUUGACCUUUACAACUACUGCAAAAAGUUUCAAUACAAUUGCCAAGCAGACUACUUUAAAGAUCCUAGCUUGCAUGACACAAUCACAGUGUUGGUGCGAACAGUUUUGGAUACCGCGACUCAUUUUAAGAAUAAGAAUCGCAAAAUCACAUCCGAGUGCGCCAAGGUGUUGGCCGUUGUCGGUGCUUUGGAUGCAAACAAGUUUCACUUUAAAACAGUUGAGCGACUGAUUGUAGUUCAACUGAAUUUCGAGAGUGCCAAAGAAAAUGCUGGAUUUUUGGUUGAUUUGAUUGAAAACCAUGUUUUGAACAUAUUUUGGGCCUCAAAUGAUCCCCAGAAACAGUUGUUUGCUGCAUAUGCUAUGCAAAGUUUCUUAGCGAUUUUGGAAAUAAGCAAGGAUUCGAUGACGGAAAACAGCAGCACUUGGAAUCGAUUUAGUGACGUUGCAAAGUCAACCUUGACACCAUUGUUGAGUUCCAAAUAUUCGGCACCAAGACCCAAAUUGGAGUCUAUGGAGUUUCCUUAUUUCAAACUGGGAAUGAAGUAUGAAACCUGGUUGAUUGACAUCACGUUGUAUUUAUUGAAACGAGCUAGCAGGUAUGAUAAGUCAAAAAGUCCCAAUCUGAGGCAGUUAAUUUUCCAAACGUGUGCAAUCUUGGUUCAAAAAGAUCACAACAUAUCUCUUUGUCAACACCUUUUCAAGUAUGUUGUUCUUAGUCAUAUUCUUUGUCUACACCAUGAUGUUGAAAAGGAAUUGCUUCAAGAGUUUCAACACUUGUUUGAAUACGAUACAAAGACUAUGCCUGCAGAUCGUGCCGAAGAGUUGAAGCUUUGUUUCCAGUCGGUGUUUUCAGUAUUUGAUUAUUGCAAUGAAUGGUUAUCAGCAACAAGGCAAUUUGCCAAUUACCUGGUUUCACUGGAUGUGACUGCAUCGGAUAUGUGGCUUGAUAAGAUUGAAUUGGUGAAACGGUUCAUUGAUUCUUUUGGAAUGGACUUGAUCGCAAUCAAGUCGGCCGAAUGCGACUCCUUUGAACGAACGAUUCUUUAUAUUGAAAAGUGUUAUCGUGAUGGUCACAUUGAUGACACUUCUUUCAACCUUGGAGAAUUAGAUGCUUCAAAGACAUUGCAGAAUAUGUAUGCCAACAUCAAUGAUUAUGACGCAUUGAAUGGAGUGUUGAAGUUAUUUUCAACAAAUAAUGUAAAGCAGAAACUAACAACAUUUCAGUAUAAUGACAACUGGAGUUUGGCAUUGGAAUCAUUCAAGGUUUUGGGAACUGGCGAUGAGUCUACAGUAGAGUAUAACACUAAGUUGUUGAAAGCUUUGAAUGAACAUGGAUCGUAUGAUGAAGUGCUCUCCACGCUUUCGUCAGCAACAGACCAUAGCGCUAUACAACAAAUUCCAUUGGAUUGGUCUUUGGUGGGAUUGAAAUCAGCAGUGUAUUCUGGUAAAGUAAGCCAAUUGCACAAGUGGUUACAAGUUACCGACUCGUUGGGCAAACCUCUGGAUACAGAGACAGUAGUCAAUUAUGAAUUGGCAAGAUAUUUGCAAAAGUUGUACAAUAAUGAAAAGCCCAACUUUGACGACUCAAUGAAUAAGUUAUACAAUGUAAUUGGUCUGUCACUUGUUUCCUCGGUAUCGUCUAGCUUCAGUAGAAAUGUUAGCUUGAUGAACCAAUUGCAUUCCUUGCACGAUAUGGGAGAGAUAUUAUCAUCGAGUGACCAAAGUGAUAUACUAAAGCUUCGAUUGAGUAAUGUUGAUCAAGACUUUGAGACUCAAAACAAGAUCUUAACAAUUCAUGGCGUUGCUAACCACAUUAUCCGCGAUGAAAAGCAAGUUUCUGAUAUAUUAUUGCUUCAAUCGAGCCUUGCUCGUGAAAAUGGCAGACUCGAUAUAUCAACAAGAUCUAUAGUACAGGCCAUGGCAUUGGAUAAUUCUGCGGCAAAUAUUGAAUUUGCGAAAUUAUUAUGGACCGAGGGCAAGCAAUCAGAGGCAAUAAAGACCAUUUCUGAAGUUUUAGUAGGAAAUAAACUGGUUGAUAAUAAAACCAAAGCCAAAGUACAACUUCAAUACGCCAAUUGGUUGGAUGAGUCGAAUCAUUUAUCGGCACACCAAAUUGUUGAUGAGUACAAAAAGGCGUUUGAGUUGGAUAAAGAAUAUGAGAAAUCCAGUUAUGACAUUGGAAAGUAUUUUAAUAAAUUGAUUGAGUCUUCAAAGGAUUCGUCAGGAUUUUAUGAGCAUUUGACGGUGAGAAAUUUCUUAACGGCUGUUUCUAUUGGAUCGCUGUUUAUAUUUGAGGCACUUCCCAAAUUAAUCACAAUUUGGUUGGAUUUAGCUAAGAGACCCAACAAGACAAAGGCGGCCGAACGGAAAUUGCAGCAAAUUAUUCAUGACUUGAGCUCCAGUUUAAAGAGUGUUCCGACUUAUGCUUGGUAUACUGUAAUUACUCAAAUACUAUCGCGUAUUGUUCAGGAACAUGAGCCUUCAUUCAAAAUAAUGACUAACGUGGUAUCAAACAUUAUCAUCGAGUACCCGCGCCACAGUUUGUGGUAUGUUCUUUCGCAUGUCCACUCAACCGAUGCCAGGAGGAAACUCAAGGUGAAUACAAUUUUGGAGUCGUUGAAAAGGACCAACAAGUCACAUGGUGUGUUGAUAUUGGCAGCGCUGGAACUCUUUGAAAAGCUCAUUGGAAUUGCAUCCAAGCCGAUUAGUAAAUCAUCAAGAACAAAGCAAUUGUCGUUGUCCAAAUAUUUUGGUGUUGAAGAUGCUAGUAAGCCUUACGACCAAUUGGUCAUCCCCGUACAAUCCAAUCUACAAAUAAGACUUCCUUAUAAGGAAGUUGCCAAUUACACCGCAUUCCCCAAAAGUGCAUCGGUUACAUUUGAUGGAUUUGAUGAUGUUGUCAAUAUAUUCUUCUCGUUACAGAUGCCACGACAAGUUACUAUUCGAGGUUCAGAUGGAAUGCCGUAUCGACUAAUGGUCAAGGGCGAUGACACGAGAAAAGACGCCAAGGUUGUUGAGUUCACUACAAUGGUUAAUCGUAUACUUUCUUCCAGCACAGAGGCAAGAAAGAGGGGCUUGAAUGUGGCCAAUUAUUCAGUGAUUCCGUUAUCUGAGAAAAUUGGAGUGAUUGAAUUUGUUAUGGACGUGCAAACAAUGAAGGGUAUUGUCAACGAACAGAGGAAGCGAUUGGGUAAAGUUGUUAACGAACGUAAAAUAUUUGUGGCAUUGAACACAGCACAAAAGUUUAUUCAGGAAGGUAAACAGGAUGAGAGUAAAUUGAGGCAUUUAGUUCAAUUAUUUAAAUCCAUCGUCCACAACAAUGAGCCAGUGCUUCAUCAAUGGUUUAUUGAGCAAUUUUCCGACCCUAGUGCAUGGUAUAUUGCCAGAAACAAAUUCACUAGGUCGGCAGCGGUGAUGUCAAUUGUGGGAUACUUGGUGGGACUUGGUGACCGACAUUGUGAAAAUAUCCUAUUUUUCAAAAACACAGGUGCUAUUCUUCACAUUGACUUUGAUUGCUUAUUUGAAAAGGGGAGAACUUUGCCUACGCCGGAAAUUGUACCAUUUAGAUUAACGCAAAAUAUGGUUGAUGCGAUGGGUAUAUGUGGUGUUGAUGGAAGUUUCCGCAUCUCUUGCGAAGAAACAGGUAAAUUGUUGCGGAAUAAUGAGCAAUCGUUGAUGAAUAUUUUAGAGACAUUGCUUUAUGAUCCAUUGUUGGAUUGGAAGAACCAAGACCCGCAAAGAGACUUGAUGAAAGUUCGAAAGAAGAUUAGAGGGUUGAUGAAUGAGGAUGAAGGGUUGGCCAUGAAUAUUCAUGGACAAGUUGAUGUUUUGAUACAAGAGGCUACGUCAAUGGAACGAUUGGCACAAAUGUAUGGGGGUUGGUCUGCGUACAUCUAG